AUGACUGGUCCCAAACCCCUACUCAAGAUCGAGGGCGAUUGCUCCACUAUCCACGACGAUACUUUCUACGUCUAUUCGCCAGACGGCUUUGCAUCAAUACCUCUCAAAGAAGAUGGGGAAGCGAAGAAAUGGAGGAAACUCCCCUCCCCAGAUAUCAAAGUUACCGGCCCUGCUUGCGUCCAGAGUGGAAGUGACAACGAAGACAAAAACUCUUUUUAUCUGAUCGGCGGGACCGGCUCCCCCGACGCCCCCAACAACAGCGGCCUCCAACGCUUCUCGUUCAGUACAGGGAAGUGGGCGACACUCAUUGGGACAUCACCGGAGAUGAAAGACCGGACUGGACAUGGUGCCGGGUACAUUCCCUCAACUUCAGAAAUAUUGGUUUACGCAGGAAACACAGAUGGUAGCACACGGAUAUCCCAAUCGACACUCUUUAUUUCAACAUCAGACACGACCUUUGACGUCCGGGCCGGGGCCGACCAGGGCACACCGGCAUUGUAUGAACCCAUAAUUUUGCCUUGGAGUUCUUCCGAAGUCACCAUGAUUGGAGGCUCUGCCACCAACACUGCUGUUUACAUCUAUGACGCCAAGAAAGGCUGGAGUAUCUCAGAGGCGACUCUUCCCUCUGCAAUCCAAUCCUCGUCUCGAUGCGCACUCGCCUCCGGCUCCGGUGGUAAAACCAAGGUUCUCGAGGAGUUUGGAAUGGUCGCUUCUCCAAACACGGUUACUAGCUACCUUCUUAGCUCAAAAGGAAAGAUGCAGAACCCGGUUACAGCGAUUGCACCUUCGGAAAAGAGGGAUAUCACCGAUUCUUACAACGACACAUUCGCCCCGACGGCAUCCUGGUCCGAUUAUACGCUCGCCCAGGGCAGUGGCUUGGUCGUUCUCGCCAGCGGCCAAAGUAAUGACUCAUUAGCGGUCUUCAACCAGACUUCUAACGCAUGGGUCAACUCUACAGAGUUGUUCAAUGGAAAGCCGGAUCAACAUGUUCUCAAACCAUCCACCACAUCAUUCACAUCAUCUACUCCGACAUCAACCACAUCCACAUCCACAUCGACCUCGGCAUCAACUACACCCACUUCUUCCUCACCAGUUGUGGCUGCUGUAGGUGGCGGCCUCAGUGAUCACGGCAAAACGAUUCUUGGCGCAACUCUUGGCAGCGUCCUAGGGUUUGGCUUGAUCCUGCUCAUCAUUCUUUUCCUACUGCGACGUGAGAAGAAGAAGAGACAGGCAGCCCAACCCGGCGGCAGUGAUAACAAAGACCGCCUGAGUUUCCAGGAUCAGGGCAUAGAACCCCUGACCGAAGGCGCUUACCCCAUGGCAAGAUCUCCUGUCCCACUCGCUGCUGCUUCGGUCGAUUCAUUGGCUAUCAUGUCCGGCAAUUACAGGGGAGAGAAAUCCCUCAAGCCACCGGGUGGUACGGGCUAUGGGUUGUCUCCUCAGCCCAAGAGUAGUAGCCCACUAUCCACAAUUCCCUCCAGUGGUGUCAUGGGCGCAUCAAGCGUAUACACCGACGACACCAAUCGGGCUGGCGACACCGGGCGUGAAAACCAGGCCGGUGACCGAAUGACCGACGAAGGGUGGGGAAAGUACUUCGAGGACGGCGGUGCCACUAACUUCCAAUCCGACCGCUCGACCAUCAGUUCCGCAUACACCAAGUCCGAUUACCGCGGAAGCGGCUGGCCGAUGACUACCUUGACACCAUUGAAUUUCGGCUUCCUCGAACAGCCCCAGCCACUCGGCCGUGUUUUCAGUGGCAGCCCAACCACGGAACAUGGUCCCUCUAAUAUGGGCAGUCGAAGCCUGGUGAUUCCAGAGAGCCAGUCGGCACGGAUUUCCAGUGCAGAUUCAAUCAGUGUCGCCUCAGACGACGACCGCGAUGAUCCAAGGUGGCAAGGUGCGGGCCAGAGCAGCUGGCUUGGACGACCCACAAGCAGCAACUACACGACCAGCUUCUACCAAACGAGCGCGCAAGAUAUGCCAUGGGAAUCAUCGAAUCCGAGCCUCGCGGAAAAGACAAGGCAGUCUAAUGCACGAAGGUCCAGCGUCAUCAUACCACACGAUAUCGACGAACUUCCGAUGCAAGGCCAGAAGAAUAAUACGAAUUCAGAUAUGAGCUGGCUCAAUCUCAAGGCUGAACGUUAA